GUCGUUUGGUGGAUUUUAUCUAAAUUACCCCCAUGCUAAUUCAGCCAAGAUGACAAACCACUACCCUUGGCCUAGCUACCUAUCCCUGUAGGCUGUACCGAACAAAAGUGUUUCUUUGCCACAUGUUUGUUCCUCGACAAGGCAUGAUCUUGCCUCGACGAUUGGAGACGCAAUGGAGCCUCCUCCAACGAAACUGACACCAGGCAAGGGUGCUCAGUCAAAAUCGAACAAGGGGCCUCCAUCACCGACAUUGGCCAAUGUUGCGCGCCACUUUGCUGUGGACAGCGGCUCAACGUUGCUUGCCACGGCGGUAAUCACAGUCUUGAUAUUCGGUGGAUGCUGCUCCAACGUUUAUGCUUUAGAGGCAAUCAUCAACUUCGAGCCGACAAACGGAACCCUCGUAACUUUCGUUCAAUUCCUAUUCGUCUCUAUAACGGGCUACGUAGCGCAAUUCGAUAGAUCACGCCCGCCGUUCUUCCUGACUCCCAACGUCGUCCCGCUUAGCCGCUGGCUUGUCAAUAUCCUGUUGUUCUUUACGAUCAACGUGUUGAACAAUCAUGCCUUCAGCUAUGACAUAUCCGUACCGGUUCACAUCAUUCUACGAUCUGGAGGUAGCAUAACCACCAUGGCUGCCGGAUAUCUUUACGGCAAGACGUAUUCGCGCCCCCAAAUAUUUGCAGUGUUUCUGCUGAGUAUUGGCGUCAGCCUCGCUGCUUGGUCGGAUUCAAAGGACAAGAAACCGAGUGACGAUAUUUCUGACCCUGUAUUCAAUCCUGGGCUCUUAAUUAUCUUUGUCGCUCAAGUACUUUCGGCGAUCAUGGGGCUGUAUACCGAGGCAACGUAUCGAAAGUACGGGCCGCAGUGGAAGGAGAAUCUUUUCUAUUCUCACAUCUUGUCGCUGCCGCUGUUUUUGCCCUUUGCGCCCUCCAUGUGGCGCAACUUAAUCGUGCUAACCAAGAGCACUCCUGUUGCACUAAACAUACCAUUUGCUGCGUCACUGCCGCCGGUUCAAGUUCCAUCCCAAUUGGCCUAUCUUUCGGCCAACGUGUUGACCCAGUAUGCCUGUAUUCGUGGCGUGAACCUCCUUGCCGCAAACGCGUCGGCACUCACCGUUACGAUAAUACUCAGCAUUCGAAAACUCAUGAGCCUCUUGCUAAGCAUAUGGCUAUUCGGCAACACUCUCAAAGCUGGCACCCUGCUAAGCGCGGUAGUAGUGUUUGGAGCCGCCGGCCUCUACAGCGUUGCCCCGAAACCUGCCCUGACCACGACCAAGGAAAAGAAGAAGGAGUGAUACCGUUGCCGGAAUUUUCUCGUCAAAAAGCUAGAUCUCCUUGUUGUCUAGAGCGAAUGCCUUGUCAUUGAUAGAAGAUGCAAGUAAACGAAGAGACGGACUUCUCAACAUAAUCCAAUUUGGAACGGCCAAUUAGAAGAGUCUAUAUAGAGUACAAGUCGCGUUUUAGAUUCAUAUAGACGGUAAGUGGUCAAUAUAUUUACAGUUCAAUUGCC